UCAGUCAAAGUACCAGAAGUACAGUUGAGGAAUUUACAGCUCACACUAUUCAGUCUUAAGUCCUUCUCCGAAUAUUACCGAAAAUGAGACAAAGGUUGAAGGAAACCCGGCACAUCUGCACUAUCGAAGAGACACGCAUUUCGCAAGCUGAAGAUCGUGCCCUUCCGCGGCACAAGAAAUUUGUACGCGCCUUGCAAAAGCUGCGCCUAGCCUCCGAGCACCAUCCUUCGACGGAGAAGCAUCUGAAGAGUUCGUACCAGAUCAUCAAGGAAAAUGAGCGCCUUUUGCGUUCGUAUCCUUCCUUCAUAGUGCAUCCGUUCAGUUUACUUCGAAUGUCUAGCGAUGUGAUCGCUUUCAUCGUGAUGAACCUUCAUCUAAUGCUACUACCGUUUGCCUUCAGCUUUCUGGCCUUUGAUUCACGCCCCACCCGCCAUCUGGUGGAGUACAUCGAUCUAUCUCUCUGUCUAAUACUGGUCGCUGAGUUUGGCCUAACGUUCUGUACCGGAUUUGUGGUUUACGAAACAAACGAAAUUGUCCUCGAGCCGCGAAAGAUCUUCUUCAACCGUUUGCGCCCCUUUCGGUUGAUGUACGAUCUGUUGCUCUUUCUGCCGUACAUACUACUGCUGGAAGUGUUUGAUGAGCUCAUCUUCGAAGCAGGAGCGGAAAGUUGUCUUGCAUUUAUGUCGUUUCUGUAUCUGUCCCAUAUUGCCCGCUUCCGGGAUAGCAAUCGAUACUUUCGCGUAAUCGCCAGAUCGCUGCAAAUGCCCGAAAGCAAAACGCGCAUUGUGCAGGUCAUCAUGAACACACUGUACGUGCUGCACUGGACCACCUGUCUCGGGUACAUUAUACCGAUUCUACUGCAAGCGAAACCAUCCAGCCGGUCCAUGGACGAGGAAGAGCUUCUAUCGAUGAUGCGAAUGCAACUGCAGCAUCCGAACGUAUCGGCGGUGCUGCAGAACGUCUCCAGCCCUUUUGUGCGACUGCUGUUAAGUGAUUUGGAAAGCAAUGCCUCCACAACCUAUCGGUACUUGCGCAGCAUGAUGGUAACGUUGCGGGUCGGUAUGGCAUCGAGCGAAAAGAAGGAUAUCGAGCAGCAUUUCGUGUACCACUGGAUCAUGAUGCUGGUAAUGUUUCUGGGCUGGCUGUGGUUCAACUACGUGCCGGUGGUGUUGUGCCGGUUCUUCGAUUCGCCCGAAAUGGCCACCGAUCAGUACGAUAAAUUUAUGGCUAAUCUGAAAGCGUUCGCGUACAACAAACACCUGAGCGGUCCGUUGCAAAAGAAGCUAAGGAAUAAUUUUGCAACACGCUUCCGUACCCGGUACUUUGACGAAGAGAUGAUCAUGGGUUUGUUUCCGAAGAAUUUAAGAAGCAGCAUUCGAAUGGAAACCUGUCGCCAUCUUGUUGCGAGUGUCGAUUUGUUCAAGAAUCUCCCGUACUUCAUACUGACGGACAUUGUGAACUGUCUGCAGCUGGAGAUUUAUCUGCAGGACGAUGUCAUUAUUGCGGCCGGCAGUUACGGUGAUUCGAUGUACUUUCUGGCCGUUGGAACGGUAGCAGUGUAUGCGAUGAGUGGGAAGGAGCUGGGCCAUCUGACCGACGGUGCGUACUUUGGGGAGAUAUCGCUUAUCAAACGCAAUCAACAACGGACGGCGAAUGUGAUCGCGCUGGAAGCUUGUGAGAUCUAUCGUUUGUCGCACGAAGAUUUCCAGAACGUUGUGAAGCCGCAUGCCUAUCUGUUGAACCGGAUCCGGAAGCAGGCCGAACAGCGUUUAUCAAUGAUGAAAAAGAAGAAGGAUAAGAUGUAUGGCAAGAAGUUUAUUGAAGCAUUCUUGCAAUGAUCUCCUCAAUUUUUACCUCCACUUGGGAUCUUCUCUUAAAUAAUGUUUUUUUUUGUCUAAAUAAAAGCAAUUUAAAUUGGAUGAUCUGG